CCCCAUAUGUUGACCGUUCUGCGCAUGCGUUAAAAUAAUAAUGAGCCGCUUUGGGUUUUAUUUCAUUUUUCUUUUCUUGCUAGUGAAAAGUCCGAGUCUAAUUCUUUUCCUAUGUUUCGCCAUUUUUGUUUACGUUCACUACCGAACGCGAUAAUCAAAGAAAAUAAGUGAAAAUGGAGUAAAAAUACGUCUGAUAUCAUGUAUUUACAAACACGUCACGGUACUCCCGGCCUUGUCUCGGCGGCUGAGGCGUCGGUUCAAGUGAUGGACUGUGCUGUUCUGUCCCGGAGGUCGGGCAUCAAAAAAUUGGGUCAGACGUUACGGAGCAGAGAUAAGAGUGGCUGGAUGGGCGAUAAGAGGUUUCUAUAAAUGACAGAGAAUGACUGCAAGCAUCAAUCUGAAGCUCCUGACUGCGAACGAGGAUCCACCCGAGCUGUUCUCCUCUGGUGAGCCUCUGCUCUUCACGCCAAUGGGUCUCCUCCUGUCUUCUUGGCUGCGUGGCAAAAUUCCUGACUGCGCUCCUCCAUCUCCUUCGGCCUUCCUUCCACUCGCUGCCCCAACCUCCUCACGCCUCGCACUCACUCUGAACUCCAGCCCAGUUUCACCUGCAGACGGGCGCUCCUGCUGGAGCUCUGUCCACCGCUCUCCUCACUUCCUGCUCUCCCCUUGCAAACAGGAAGCAACGCGCUCACCCACUGAGCUCAGCAGUGACGGGACGAGGGCGGAGGUGGGGGUGAAGAGCGGCCUUCAUGUGUGGGAGCUGAUGUGGAGCCCCAAACACAGAGGAAGUCAUGCAGUCAUUGGGGUUUCAAAGCAGGACUGUCCUUUGCAGGACUCUGGGUAUAAAGUUCUGGUGGGGGGAGACUCUGAGUCCUGGGGAUGGGAACUUAAAACCAAUCAGCUCUGGCAUGGUGGACAAACUUCUGAGUGCUACCCAGGUAAAAAGACGAGGAGUUGUCGGAGCAUUUUAAAACCACAGUCUUCCAGUUCUGCAAAAGAGGCAGAGACGCCUCUUCUCAUUCCUGAGCGUGUCCUGCUGGUCCUGGACGCCGACGCAGGGACUCUGGGAUUUGUUGUUGACGGCAGCUUCCUCGGCAUAGCAUUUAAGGACCUUCCGAGUGGGGUGGAAUUAUUCCCAGCAAUAAGCAGCGUGAGAGGAGGAGCCAGCAUACGACUACGCUAUCUGAAUGGAACCACACGUAACCCUCCGGCCCUAAUGGCUUUAUGCGGACUGUCAAUUCGUCAUUAUUUAGACCGGCGGAGACAGAAUCAAACAGAAGAACUGCCUCUACCACCUUUCCUCCGGCACUACCUGUUUUCAUGUUUCUAAUUUUUAUGAACAGUACAUGCAAAUAGUGUUUCACUUUACUGACUAAAGACUUUUAAUGCAUUUCCAGGUGAUUUAAUAAAAGCACACGAUGAAUGGUGCAACAGCUGUUGCCUCACAGCAAGAAGGUCGCUUCCGGCCAUUGUGUGUGGAGUUUACAUGUUCACACAAGUCAAAACAUGCAUGUUAGAUUAAUGGGCAAAUUGCCCCUAAGUGUAAGUGUCCUUGUGGUGGACCUCUCCAGGGUGUACCCUGUCUCUCAUACAGUGGCCACUGGAGAAGAGCAUGACCCGAAAAUAAAUAAAUAAUUAAAUAAAACUGUAAAGAAAAGGAAAUGCAGAAAAUUAUCUCCAGACAAAAUAUAUAUUAAUUUGUUUAUCUUGUAAACCUUUUUUAUGCAUCUGUGAAUAUCAUUAGAAAAUUGAGACUUUUGGUAAUGUUUUGUAAAAUUAGGAAACAUUUUACGUGAUAAUAAAUAUUUUACAUUUGAAUAAAA